AUGGCGUUGACAGCAACGCAACAGCUGAUCUUGGAAAACGUAAAAAAAAAUGGCCAUUCUUUACUGGUUUUGGGGCAAAGUGGCACAGGUAAAAGUUAUUUAGUGAAGGAAAUCGCUAGAGCAUUGGCUCACGAUAGAAAAACCGUGUCAAUAACAGCAACGACCGGAAUUGCCUCACUAAAUGUUGGCGGCCAGACUGUACACUCUUGGUCCGGAAUAGCUGAUGGUAGAUUUACUAAUGAAGAUCUUGUUUUUCGGCUAAAUACAGAUGAAAAUUUCAAAAAAUACAAAAAUAACAUUUUAACAACCAGCUGUUUAAUAAUUGACGAAAUUUCCAUGCUUUCAAUGAAACUAUUUGAUCAAAUUGAAUAUAUUUGUAGGAAAAUUUUGAAAAAUGAUAUUGUAUUUGGAGGAAUGCAGGUUAUUGCUGUGGGGGAUUUUUUUCAGCUUCCUCCAGUUCCAGACUUUCUUAAAAAUGACAGUGGUGACUAUUGUUUUAAAUCAGAAGCCUUCACUAAAAAAAUUUGUCAUAAAUUCAUUCUGAGUGAAGUUCUGCGCCAACAUCAGCCUGAUUUCAUUAAGGCAAUAAAUGACGUUUCUAGGGGGGAUUUACCAAAAGAAACACAUGAUUUGUUACACAGACUUAGCCGUCCCCUACCACCAGGUCCUGAGCCUAUUCGUUUGUGUGCCAGAAAUUUUGAUUGUUUCAUGUACAAUGCCAUGAAGUUGAUCGAUUUAGAGGGGGACGAAAUUGUUUACAAUUCAGUUGAUGAAGGUGAUAUGUCUAAACUUGAAAAACUUUCUGUUCCAAAGAAAUUACAUCUGAAAAUUGGUUGCCCUGUUAUGUUGCUGAAAAAUCUUAGUGUUAAACUUGUUAAUGGAUUAAGGGGAACUGUUACAGGCCUGUCAAAAAACAAUGUAACUGUAAAUUUUUCGGGGGGGCCUAAUUCUGAAAAUGUGAUAACAAAUUUUAAGCCAGAAACAUUUUUGUUAUACAGUUGUACUGAUGGCAAGGUUGUUGCGUCAAGACAACAGUACCCCCUGUGUCUUGCAUACAGUAUCACCAUACACAAAUCUCAGGGUUUGACCUUGCAAAGAGUGGAAGUAGAUGCCAGCAAUAUUUUUGCAGCAGGCCAACUUGGUGUUGCAAUUGGUAGAGCUACUGAAAAAAAGGGGUUGAGAGUUUUAGGUUUCAAUGACUCAUCUGUAAUCAAACAUGAUCCUAAUUUAUACCAGUUCUAUGAAAACACUGGUAUCCCCAAAUUUGAUACUCAAGGAAAUCUUGGAUGUUGCAGGGCUAUGUAUUCAUAUUCAGAUACCACAGGGGAGCACAAUAUUUCUGAGGGUGAAAUUGGUCAUGAUGAAUUAUCAGAUUUCAGUGACAAUGAGAUGAGUGAAAUUGACUUCUUAUUGUCUCCUGAUUCUGAUGUUGUUGAACCAACACACCAUGAACCAUUUGAAGAGAUCAUAGACAAUGCACAAAUUUCUGCUCUUUUCAAAUCUGAAAGUCAGCUGGCACCUUCAGAUAAAAUUUUGAGUAAUAUUUUUGAAAACAUCUUACAAAAACAACCCAAUGAGUUGAAGUAUUUUGUCAAUAAACUUUUCUCUGAAAUUAAAGAUUUAUUUGUGCAAAACUGUGAUGAUGUGUCACAAAAACCCACUGAAGCAAAAACUUGGACAAAAUAUUAUUCAGCUGUAUAUCAUUUUUCUGUUUCGGAGACCUAUGUUUCCCUUGUCAAAGCUCUUUUUCAAUGUGAGCCUUCAAGUCAGCACUUUGAAAUGUGUAGCAAAAUCUUUGAUAGAGUCACAUCUGAAGUUCUAAAAAGGCAGAGUGAUCUUAUUUCACCGAGUAAUCCCUCUCCCUCCCCAAUAAAAGAAAUGUCCGAUUCAGGAAGAGGCAAGCUUAGGUAUAUAUUUGGGAGGUGCAUCGCAAAAAGUCGUUUCCAUUACAUGAAACAAUCUAUGAAUAGUGUGUAUAAAUCAACACAUAGAAAUCAAAACUCAAAAUUAUUUUUGAAAGUUAAAAUGCUUGACUCUCUUACUGAAACGUACGCAUUUCUUGAAAAUUCUUCAAAGUAUAAAGAAACACUAUUUCAAACACAGAGAAAACAAAACUUGACAAAUGGAUUGACAAACAUAAAAGAUCAAUCAUUUGAGUUUAUCAUGAAAGUAGAAAACAAAAGGUCUUCUUUACAAAAUGAACAGACUUUUCCAGCACUGGGCGCAGAUUUGCUGAAUUAUACUCGAAAUGAAAUUUUGAAUGACCUAGGUAUUUUUGAAUUUUGGAAAAGGUUGUUUUCUGAUUUUGAACCUAAAGACCCUAUCUUUAAGGUUAACAUUGAAGAUGCUAAUGAGUGUCUGCUUGAAUUGUUCAAAGACAUUAUUGAAAGAUUCUGCAAAAUUGCAGAUAAUGAGUUUAGGAAAAAAUUGCUUCAUGUCCUAAAAAAAACAAAAACUGAACGACUAAGGAGGAGAGUUGAUUUAAAGCAGAAUGCAUCAUGUACGCUUAAAAUGAACAGUUUACUUGAAGACAAAUCUGAGUGCAAGCGCAGCUCUCAUUUGAAACUUAAAUCACUUAUUUUUGAUAGUGGCAAGUCAUGUUUGCAAAAUUUUACCAAAAAAGACUUAUUAAAAUUAUGCUCUGCAUAUGGUAUUCAAGUUUCCUCCUCAGCAAAAAAUGAUAAAAUCAAAGAAAUGCUUUGUUCAAUAGUGGCGUCUUCAGAUGAGAUUACACAUCCACUGUACUUGAAUGAAUGUGGUACUAUAGAAAAUCUCCCCCAUCAAACAUUGACCUCUGCCCCAGAACCUGCCAUAUCUACAUUUUCUCAGAGUGAGCCUGCCUCAUCAUCAACACAUUCAGAAUCACCCCCUUGUACUAGUACAUGUAUUUCUGGAAACCCAAAGAAAAACAUAAAAUCAAGAAAAAGAAAGCCUACAAAAUUUAGGUUUACAAAGAAAAAAUGUAAACAAGCAGAUAAAUGUCAAUUACAAUGUCCUUUAUGUGAAAAGAAAUAUGAAGAUGGGGAGGACUGGGUAGCGUGUGAUUUAUGUGACACUUGGUACAAUCGCCAGUGUCUUAACAUUUCUGAUGAUCAAUGGAUAGGAAUUGAACAGGAAGACUGGUAUUGCCCUCUUUGUUUGAAAUAACAAAGUCAAAUUUCUCAAUGAACUGACUUCACUUAACAGUAAUUAAUUUACCAAAAUAACAUACUUCUUAGUCAUCUUCAGAGAAUUUUAUUGAGAAUUUACAUAGCAUUGCAUAAACAUGUUUCAUAUUAAUGUAGUCAUAUUGAGUACAUUGAUGCUAUGAAAUGCUAGGAAAAUGUCAAUUAUGUUUCUGUCUUUGGUCUCUUUGGAGGGAGUGAAAGAGCAAAUGGUUUUGCAGAAUGUUUACCAGCAUUUGAUUUUGUUGAGGUUGUUUUCUGACCAAGAAUGAUGCUAUUUAUUCCGGUCCUGUACUCAUUGUUGUUGGGGUUAGUAUUUGCACCAUGAUAUAAAGCACACUGCUGACAGAAAAUGUUCUCAAUUAUGUCACUAUUAAUUCGACUCGGAGCAAUUUCAAUUUUCAACUCAAGGAGACUCUUUUUUACAAGUGACAUGAACCCAUGGUAUGUGAAAUCAAUGUCUUCUCUUGUUUCCAUGGUAAUUAGGGACUUGUGUCUCUUAUUUUUUUCAUCAUCUUGUAAGUGUUCACUUUCCCAAGCCUUAAAGUAGUUGUAAACCUCAGUAAAUGAUUUAAGUCUUGUAUCAUUGAUGUCUUUGAUUGGUCUUGAAUCAUUAAAUAAAGACACAAUGGAGCUUGUGUACUUCAGAAAUUGAAGAACACUUGUCAUCUCUGCUUGUCCAGCAGCAUUCAGUGUCUGACUGUAGCAAGUCAUUAAAUUCAACAUAUCUAAAUCAAGUGUCUCAAAUGCUAACUUAUUCCGCAUUUUCUGGGCAUUGUUGGGGAAAAUAUGUUCAUCACUCAGUUUAUGGUGAAUUCUAAAACCAUUUGUGCAGUCCCACUGGUAUGCAUCUACCCACAUUUUCCAUAUUAUAUAAUGGCCAUUUACUGUGAGAAGCCUUUGAUGACUGGACAAAAAACCACUGCUUAAAACACUGUUCCUUAUUUUUUUAAUCAAAUGAGAUGGGUCCAUCAAAAAUAUCAUUGUUCUAGUAGGGUUUUUGUAACAUUUUGCUAUCAUUUUAUGCUCAGCUGGAUUGUUGUCAGGGAAGUGCAUUUUGACAAAUGCCCUGUUAUUAGCAGAACCAUCUAGGCUAGAGUAAAUAGGCUGGAAUCCCCAUGAAUGCAAAGCAUCGACACAGGUCCAGAAUGUAAGAAAAAUGUCAGCAGGUGGUGCCUGAGUGUUAGGAAAAUUGGCAAAAGGCCAUCUGAAACCUGUGAGACCAGUAAAAACAAACUGUAAAACAUGGUUGGCUAAUUCACAUUCAGCCUUUCUUGUAUUUAACACUUGCAUUUGUUUGACAUGAGUUCCACUGUCUGAAAGACCUAUAAACUUUGUUUCAUUUUUGUUGUUGACAAUUUGGAGAUCUUCUUGUAUUGCCAUCUCAUCUAAUAUCAAACCACCAUAGUAUCCUUUUACUGUUAAGUUUUGGGAUUUGGCCUCAUUAUUCAUCCAUGACAUCAUGUCAAAGGAUAUCCCAGGUUUUUGAUGAACUGCAUUUUUGUAUCUUUGAAGUAAUGAUUCACAUGGCAAAUGUAACCAAUUAUUUUGUGUUAAAUCUCUGUAUGCUGCUGGAUUUCUAUUGUACAGACUUAAAGCUAUGCAAAUGACAUCCUUGUCCCAUCUCAUUCCUGUUUUACUUGUAUUGGAAGCAAUGAUUUGAGAAUGUAUCAAUGUUAUCUGAUUUUGCUUCAAAUUUGGAGCCAAUAUUUUUAAUUUUUCCAAUACUUCCUCUGUUGAAAAUUGGCAGACAUUUUCUUUAUCAGAUAUUUUAGACUUGCAGUAGUAGUUUUUGUUUCUAAAAACUUUUUGGCAUUUUUCACAUACUGAUGAUCUUGACAUUAAUUGAAUGAAAUGAUUACAGUCUUUGGAUCUUAAUAUUGUUACAGUUUCACCAUUUUGUUCACAGAUCUCUUUGGUACAUUUUGAAAUGUUUGUAUAUUUGUUUUCAUAAUUAUUUGAUAUGUCAUACCCUUGACAUGGACGAAUUACUUUCAUACAUCGGAAUAAUGCUGGAACAGAGCUUAUAUUGAAAUCUACCUCUUGUGGAAUAUUGUAAUGUAAAAGACAAUCUAAAUCUUUGUUAUCUAGACAUAUUGAGAUUUUGUUGCUUCUCGAUAUUUUCAACUGUAAAAAGGAAUUCCUCCCAUUAAACUGGAUAUUUAAAAAAUGUCCGAAUACAAGUGUAUCUGCCUCUCUCUUCAAAACAAACCAAUCAUUUGGUAUCAUGUUUUCUAAAUUUUCAAAUAAUACUUCAGAUCUAUCAAUAUGAGAAGCAAGUACAACAUUUCUGUAGCUGUUAACUGGUUUUCCAUCUACUUCGCUUCUUGUUGUAGAUCUCACAGCAUUGGGGAACAGUUUUAAAACCAAAUUACUGAGACUCUUGGGAUCUUUUAUUCCUUGAGUUUUUUCAUUUUUAAAUGCGCUACAUAUCUUUUCUAGACUUAGGUUUCCACCAGCAACUUCUUUGAUAUUUUCACUUAACCUGCAGUAAAUAAAACUUAUCAAGCCCUAAUUUCAAUUUGUAUGUUAUGCAAAAUCAUCAAUGUUUUCCUAGACUUUUAAUAUCAGGCUCAUUACACACUAUACUUGUGCCUUCCUGUCAGUGUAUAUUCUCAUUCAUUUUUUUUUUGGAAAAUGUAUUUGUUUAAUUGUGCUCUUAAAUAAUACAUGUACCAUAAUUAUCUUAAUGACUUCAUUGUUACAAAUUUCGUUGUAAUUUUUCUGCACAAAGAGAACAUAUUUUGUUUCAAUUAAGAAAAUGUUGUGUAAUUUUGUGUGAAAUUCACAGGAAUCUUUAUAUACAAUUAUAUAUACAUGAUUAUUUUCAUAUUUAUAAAUCUAUUCAAAAUUUUGUAACCUUAUUAAUGUAUGGGAAGAACACUAUAUGAAGGAAAGAUUAUAUAUGUAUGAUAACAAUAACAAUAUUACUGCAUUAUUAUUACUAUUGGUAUAUCUAGUUAUUAAAGGGGAAUAUCAAAAUUCUUAUUUAGAGUCAACCACAAUAUUGCAGAAUUUCUUGAAGAAAUAUAUUUGUUAGAUAUGUUUGAAUAAAAAUUGGUUUUGUUUGUUUC